GGAAACGGAAGUUGCUGGCUUGUAGCGCGUGCGCAAAUGAGCUUGAAGCGCAGCAAAGAGACAAAGACCGCAUGCUAUGUUUGUUCGGAGAUUCUUCGAAUUCACGAUCUUAAAGUCAUAUGAUUCACGGCAAAUAUAGCAACAAAUAUCUCGAUUCGUAUUUCCCAAAGCCACGAAACGUGCAUUGAGUUUGGAGCGAUACCUGAAGUGAAGAUUGAAGACGUGAUAGAAGAUGGACGACUACUGCUAUGCUAAGAUGGUGACGUCAUGUCAAAGAGAACAUUCCAGCAAAUCACCAACGGAGAUAAAGACGGAAGAUGAAGACAUCCAGCAGCUGAAUCCAGAAGAGGUUUCCCCUCAGUCAGGGGGGAGCUCCACUUUGAAGCAGGAGACUCCACAACCACCCUGCAUUAAAAAAGAAGAGGAGAAACUCUGCAUUGCUCAGGAGGGAGAGUGUCUUCUAGGACGAGAGGAAGCUGAUUACACCAUGUUUCCACUGACUGUUGUCUCUGUGAAGACUGAAGAUGAUGAAGAGAAACCACAAGUAGACAACCUCUUAGCUCCACUAUCAGAUAGUGAGGCUGAAGACGAGGUUGAAGAACCUUUGAGCAGCGAUACAGACUGUGAAGGUGAUAUGAGGACUCACACUGACAACAAACACUCUGAAUGCUCUUCAAAGAAGAGAGGUGAAACAUGUUUGAGCUGCUCAGUUUGUGGUGAAAGUUUUACGAAAAAGAGCCAUUUGACUCAACACAUGAGAACACAUAUGGGCAAAAAAACAUUUAAGUGUUCAGUUUGUGACAAAAGCUUUUCUCGAAAUAACUCUUUGACUCAACACAUGAGAACACACACAGGUGAAAAACCUUUUAUUUGUUCAGUUUGUGGAAAAAGCUUUUCUCAAAAUAACUCUUUGACUCAACACAUGAAAACACACACAGGUGAAAAACCAUUUAAUUGUUCAGUUUGUGGCAAAAGCUUUUCUCAAAAUGCCCAUUUGACUCAACACAUGAUAACACACACAGGUGAAAAACCAUUUAAUUGUUCAGUUUGUGGCAAAAGCUUUUCUCAAAAUGCACAUUUGACUCAACACAUGAAAACACACACAGGUGAAAAAGCAUUUAAUUGUUCAGUUUGUGGCAAAAGCUUUUCUCAAAAUAUCAAUUUGACUCAACACAUGAUAACACACACAGGUGAAAAACCAUUUAAUUGUUCAGUUUGUGGCAAAAGCUUUUCUCACAAUAGCAAUUUGACUGAACACAUGAGAACACACACAGGUGAAAAACUAUUUGAUUGCUCAGUUUGUGGCAAAGGUUUUUAUCAAAAUUGCCGUUUGACUCAACACAUGAGAACACACACAGGUGAGAAACCAUUUAAAUGUUUAGUUUGUGGCAAAAGCUUUUCUCAAAAUUGCCAUUUGACUCAACACAUGAGAACACACACAGGUGAAAACAAAUUUGAUUGUUCGGUUUGUGGCAAAAUCUUUUCUGGAAAUACUUCUUUGACUCAACACCUUAGAACACACACAAAACCAUUUAACUGUUCGAUUUGUGGUGAAAACUUUUCUAUGAAGAGACUUUUGAGUCAACACAUGAGAACACACACAGGUGAAAAACCAUUUAGUUGUUCAGUGUGCUGUAAGAGGUUCCCACAUAAUGCAGGCGCAGUAAAACACAUGAGAACACACAAGGGAAAAUAACCAAUCAGCUGUUUAGUUUGUGGUAUGUUGCUCAUAUGUGGCGACAUCCACCCUACCCAGGACCUCCUCACUGCUUCUUUCACAAAUAUCUGAGGUAUUCAUACAAACUUGGAUUAUUUGGAGUAUAAUCUUAUCCACUCAUGACCCCAUGUCUUCUCUGUAUCUGAAACCUUCCUGAACAGUAAGAUAGAUGAUGCUUCAAGUGCUUGGUUACUCCUUCUUCAGUCCAGGGACCUGGGGCCUCAUGUGUCAAGUUUGUGCACGCUCAAAAACCUGCACUACACCGUUUGUCACGGUGAAGUUGAGAUGUAUCAAAACUGAAGUUGAUGCAUAAGUGAUGCUGGGUAACUGUUUGCAUGACAAACUGCCAACUUUUGCUCCUCAGACUGAUUGAUGUGCAAAUCAGAGACAUAUGAACAAUUAACCCCCAACACCCACAACCCAACCCCCAACAUCCCUCGACAUUCGGGCAUAACAGGUUCAAUCCGGCCCCCGAGUUGAGUUUGCAAAGUGUAAAAUUCAGCUGCAUUUUUUAAUGAAAGAAACUGCUUUUCUAAUUGUGUCCACUGGAUGUCGCAAUAGCAAUUCUGUGAGGCAAGCAAAUAGUUUAUACCGAUGCGAGCAAGUAUACCAAGCAAGAUGUACACGGUAAAGCGGGGCUGUGACUCCUCCCCCUCCAGCCAACGUAAAAGAGGAGUAAAAUAAUCAAUCAGUAACCCCACUUCAAAUGCAGCAUGAGACACUGCACACUGAUAUAGUUCUGUGAAAAUGAUUGUCUUCUGUGCAAAUGUAAAGAAAGUGAACAGUGUGUGAUUUACUGCAAUACUGUCACUCUUUCAACUUUUUAUUUGGGCUUUGUUGAAAUUGUUCACACAUUGCACUGCUUUUAUUUUUCUGUCAAUACACAUUAUGUCUAGAAGACAGGAAGUAACUCAACACUCUUGAAUAGUUUCUACCUCAGUGUGUAUGGUUUGUUGAGUUAGCACAGGAUUAAUAUGUGGAAAUGACAAAUGAGGUAGUUGAUUCUUAAAAUAGCUUUUAUUCAUGCUUUAUUUAGUUUUUUGUUCAACUCUAGAUGGGCUGUCACUUAAAGUUUAAUUGCUUUGUACAAAGACUGCGAUUAAGUCUAAGGUCAUUGUGUUCUUCAAGGUGUUUCUGAAAAUGCACCCUUUGUUUCCUCUAAAUGUUUAACUAACUUGAAGUGUUUUGUCAGGAUGAUUAUUUGUAAUACAGAAUGUGUUUGUUCUGUUUUGGGCCAAAGUAAAAUAAAGAAAACAAUCUGAA